AUGGAGACGUUGGAGGAUGCGUUGGUGGCGGACGACAUGGCGCUUGGGCUCAUAAUCUGUUGCAUGGAAGAGAGCGGAGCAAAGGGAAUGGAGAGGCUGAAGAGAGUAGAGCAGGAGACACUUGCUCUGUAG